UGCACUUCACUCUUUGUCCACCAGGGGGUGGUGUGAGUUUUUGCUGAUGGUAGUUCCUGCAGCGACGGAGGAAGUGGAGCGGCAUCGUAAAGAUGGCUGACAGUGGAGUGACAGAUGGACCUGAGAUGAAAGAGGAUAUUGGACGUGCAAAGAAUGAAGGCAAAGAGAUGACCAAAGAGGAGAAGCAGCGGCUGAGGAAAGAGAAGAAACAGCAGAAAAAAAACAAAGAGAAGAGAGAUGACAAGGCUGCACAGGAAAGUGAGAAGGAUAAGAAGCCUGUCAGUUCAGCUGCUGUAGCAUCCCCGCCUCCAGCACAAUCCACAACACAGAAUGCUCCUCCAGCAGUGCCUCCUCCUGCCACAGUUUCCGUGCCUACGUCGGAGGCACCUGUCGCCCCAGACAAGCCCACCAAGAGUAAAGCUGAGCUGAAAGCUGAAAGGAGAGCCCGGCAAGAGGCUGAGAGAGCCAGCAAGCAGGGCAAAAAAGGGGAGCCUGGACAGCAGUCUGCCACAGGCAAACAGAAAGCACCGCCCAACGAUCUGCAGCCAGUUGUGAAGAGGCUCCCAGAACACAUUCAAGUGGACAACCCAGACGUUUUAAAGAAGCUGGCCAAGAAGCUGGAAAGGCAACAGAUCCCGCUGCGCUUAGACUACGGCUAUAAGGUCAGCCUGUUUUCUCAUCUCCAUCAGUACAGUCGAAAAGCCCCUUUGACUCAGCAGCUCAGCAUUCCUUCCACGGUGAUUCAUCCUGCUGUCGUCCAGCUCGGCCUCCAGUAUUCACAGGGCAUCAUGGCAGGGUCGAACGCUCGCUCGGUUGCUCUGCUGCAUGCCUUCAGACAGGUGAUAAGGGACUAUUCCACGCCUCCAAAUGAGGAAUUGUCAAGAGACUUGGUCAACAAACUGAAACCAUAUAUCAGUUUUUUAAAUCAGUGUCGCCCUCUAUCAGCCAGCAUGGGAAACGCAAUCAAAUAUAUCAAGAAAGAGAUCUCUAAUAUUCCCAGUCAGUGCAAGGAAGAGGAGGCAAAGACAAAGCUGCUCGACUGUAUCGAGUGGUACAUUAAAGAGAAGAUCAUUCUUGCUGCUACAGCUAUAGCUGAGUACUCCAUAGAAAAGAUCAGCGAUGGAGAUGUCAUCUUAGUGUAUGGAUGCUCCUCACUAGUUAACCACAUCCUGUGCAAAGCCUUUGACAAAGGCAGGAAGUUCCGCGUUAUAGUGGUGGACAGCAGGCCCCGGCUAGAAGGCCGGGAGGCCCUGAGACGCCUGGUGCAGGGACGCAUCAGCUGCACCUACGUUCUCAUCUCAGCUGUCUCCUACAUCCUUCCAGAGGUGUCUAAAGUAUUCCUUGGUGCUCAUGCUCUCCUGGCCAAUGGUUACGUCAUGUCUCGAGUGGGGACAUCACAGAUAGCUCUGGUGGCCAAAGCCUUUAAUGUGCCUGUUCUGGUGUGUUGUGAGACUUACAAGUUCUGUGAGAGGGUGCAGACGGACUCUUUUGUUUCCAAUGAACUCGACGACCCAGACGACCUCAUUGUGACCAGAAAAGGUAAGACCCAGCUGGAGGACUGGCAGCAAGUGCCCUCGCUAGGCCUGCUUAACUUAGUGUACGACGUGACGCCGCCGGAUUUUGUGGACCUAGUCAUCACAGAACUUGGAAUGAUCCCAUGCACCUCGGUCCCUGUGGUGCUGCGAGUCAAAAAUGUGGACCAGUAAAACAGCCUACAGCUAACUGUGUGCAUGAAAGCUCGCACACAACACACACUAUCGUGCUUUUAGCAUGCAAUAAAUGUAUAUCUGAAAUGGCAUAGGCUUUCCUUUUUUUUGGGUGGACAUUUGCGUUUCUGUUGUUUUUAAAUCUUUCUAAAAGACACUUCAAAACCACAUCAUAUUAAUGUCAAUUCUC